AUGGUGUGCCCCACACUCAUUCAUGCUCACUACGAAAAGGCCAAACCCCACAUUCUAACGCUACCGACACCUGACCCACGAGGCCGAAGAGGACCCACCGGCCUACUAUGUCCUGUGUGCUCCACCGAAAUGGUUUACCACACGGCGAAUUAUGACUCUUGGCUUAUUGGGUGCCCCACCCCCAACAACGGUCACAACUGGAAGACCUGGCGUUGUGACCAGCUCAACCACGAGUUGGCUCUCAUCAACCUUGGCACUGCAAGACCAAUCAUCUCGGUAAAGAGCGACUGGGGUCCACGCGUCUCACCAAAGGGCGAGGUACUAGAUGAUGCGCCUGCGCCUCAACCCUCCAAUGGCCGGUAUCAACCUUACUCCAAGAACAGAUCUCAUGCACGCACAUCACCGGCUAAAACAGGCUUGCUAUGCAAACGGAUAUAUGAAGGAAAAGUGUCGCAGAACCACAAGAAGGCGGCAAACAAGGAGUGCCCCCACCAAUACUGCCUGGGUUGUUGCACGGCAUACGGGUCAAUGUCUUGUUCGAAACACUCUCGAUCCUCGAAAGUCGCACCGAUUCAACCAAAAACUCAGGAGAUCACUCAUCAAACCCUCCAGCAUCUCGGAAUCACUGCUCAGCAAUUUACCCAAUUGAGUGAGAUCCAAGCGAGUAAAGCAAGCACGCCUCGCCAGCAAACUGCAACCGGAUCUGCCCCACGUCGAUCAGCUCCAUCUCCAGCUCCAGCUUCCGCCUCAAACCCUCAUAAGUGGGCUCAGUUUGCAAAUACACUCGGCCAGCGCAUGCCCAUUGAAUCUAUAGUCAUGCUUCAGAAGAAUCGUGCUGACAGAGCAGAGGCUGACAACCGCAAAAAAGAAACCCUCAUCGACACUGCCAAGAUGGCCACGAUCUCAUUAUGGGUCAACUCAGCUGCCUCCAAACCGAUCGCAGCAUACUUCCCUCAGUGGCCAGUAGUCUAUCUUAACCAGAGCGAUCUACUCCUGCAGGCCGUAACGACAGCGGUGGGACCGGAAUGGGACGGCGCUCUGAGUGUGUGGGAUCACACUUUGAAUUCCUGGAUGGACACGAUGGUCAAUUACCCUCAUCAGUUACCAGACGGACAACGGUCCAUCAUUGUUCGACUUCCCAAUGUUGAUGUACCCCAUCAUGCUCUGAUGCCAUCAGCGAAGGUCUUGAACAAAGGAUCACCUGGGAAUCUAGCUAUACCCGCUUCAGCCUUUCUAUCCAAAAAAGAUCUUCCCGCCAUUUGCGAAAAUCAAUUGUCCACAGAUCAAACCUCAACAGCGUCACCUUCAAACUCGCAAGAACAACCUCACCCUAACAAUUCCCCCAUUGGCAACCUGCUCGGAGAAUCAACCCAACAGACCAUCCCCUCCUCGAUUGCGCGUCCAGCAACUCCCCCCACUCGUAUUGAAGUUGACUUGACUCUAUCACCCACACCAACGGUUGAAGAACGCCAGGACAAAGCUAGUCCCUCUGGGAAGGGAGAAACAAAGGGAAAAGCUACCGUCACCUCAGCCUCUCCAAAGCGGAAAAAAGGCUGGCCAGCUAAGACGGAACUGCUGUCAAGCCUGGUCGCCUGGUAUUACGACACUCUUGAUGGAGACCCAAGGGAGACAUGGGUUGUACAUUUUGGAGAUCAAUGGGUACUGACUAAGACGAUGUAUCGCUAUCGUGCUUGGGUCGAAUUAGUUGGGCCUGAAACCAUGCAACUGAGGUUUAAUACUCAACCUGGAGCCACGGUGGCUGAAGCUCGUGAUUUCUGGUCAGACGAGUUUAAGAAAGUUUCUGGCCAUGGUAAGGGUGCUGCUCACAAUGAGGAGGACUCGCAAGCACAAAGUUAA